AUGGAUUACAAGAUGAACCAGAAGAGUAAUACUUCCACGAAUUUGUAUAGGUUUUUAUUCUAUGAAUUAGCAGAUCCAAGAACAAACUCAUGGUUUCUCAUAAGUGAUCCAGGACCUCCAUUGGCAAUUUUGUCGAUGUAUUUAUAUUUCGUUUUGAAUUGGGGUCCCCGAUUGAUGAAAAAUAGACAACCAUAUGAAUUGAAGACGGUUCUUGUAGUAUACAAUUUCCUCCAGGUAUUAUUAAGCACAUGGCUAGUUGUGGAGGGUCUUGAUAUAUUGAACACAAUCAAAUUCAGCUGGGUAUGUCAACCUGUAGAUUUUUCCAAUUCGCCAAUUGCUUUGCGGAUCAUCAGAGGUGUCUACAUCUAUUUUUUGGCCAAAAUGACAGAACUUCUCGACACGGUAUUCUUCGUUUUACGCAAAAAAGACAGACAAAUAACGUUCCUCCACGUAUACCACCACACAGCCAUGCCGAUGAUAAGCUGGGGUGCCACAAAGUACUUCCCAGGGGGCCAUGGAGCCAUAGUCGGCCUAAUCAAUUCCUUCGUUCACAUCGUCAUGUAUUCGUAUUAUAUGAUGGCCGCUAUGGGUCCCCGAUACCAAAGGUUCUUGUGGUGGAAAAAGUAUAUUACAACUCUACAAAUGGCUCAAUUCGGUUUAGCCUUUCUUCACAACAGCCAACUACUUUUCGUGGAUUGCGGGUAUCCCAGAUGGUCUGUGGUGUUCACUUUACCAAAUGCAAUCUUCUUCUAUGUCCUCUUCUCGGAUUUUUACCAGAAAAACUACAGUGGUGAGAAGAAAAUUUGUUAUGGUGAAAAAAUGGAGCUUGCUUCUUCUGAGAAAUGCUCUUAUUCAGAAGUGAAGGAAGCCACAAGUGGAUAUUCUACAGGUGGACUUGGAAUAUCUGAUAAAAAGCUGUUAUGA